AUGGAUGGGUGGCGCGGCACUGAGGGGUGCGACGGCAGGAGGCGGCGUCUCGUUCGGCUCAUGUGGCCAGCGGCACGCGUAGAGGCAGAAGCUCCACCACCAUCGGCAACAGCUACUUCUCCCCGUUUUUCUGUUCUUACGCCUCGGACGACUUCUAAUCAGCUAGCUGCGGUGGCGGCGCGGGAGCAGGAGUGCGUCGAUUCUCCCCGCCCAGUGUCCCCUGGCUCCUUUAUAAAGGACGGGCGCGAGAUUCAAGUUGGCGAUUGUGCUCUUUUCCGGGCUGUUGAUGUUCCUCCAUUCAUUGGAUUGAUACGUUGGAUUGAGAAAAAGGAAGAAGGCUAUCCCAAACUACGCGUUAGUUGGCUUUAUAGACCUGCCGACAUUAAGCUUAACAAGGGCAUUCAACUGAACGCUGCACCAAACGAGAUCUUCUACUCUUUCCACCAGGACGAGGCAUCUGCUGUUUCCCUGCUGCACCCUUGCAAAGUUGCCUUUUUACGUAAAGGUGUUGAGCUCCCGGUUGGAAUUUCUUCAUUUGUAUGUUGGCGUGUAUACGAUAUUGACAACAAGUGUUUAUGGUGGCUUACCGACCGGGAUUAUAUUAAUGAACGGCAGGAAGAAGUAAAUCGGCUUCUAUACAGAACAAGGCUAGAAAUGCAUGCUGUAGUGCAGCCAGGUGGACGGUCUCCAAAGCAGCUAAAUGGUUCAUCAGCAUCCCAGCAACUGAAGACUUCUACAGAUGGUACACAGAAUUGUGGUUUAUCCAAGGGAAAGAAGAGGGAUAGAGGUGAGCAAGGAAUUGAUCCAGCUAAGCGGGAUCGAGAUCGUCUGCAUGUUGAUGACAGUGAGCCUGGAAGCAAGUUGGACGAUUUUAAGUCUGAAAUAGCAAAGGUUGAAAAAGAUGGACUUCAAAACACAGAAGCAGUUGAAAAGCUUGUGCAUCUUAUGCAACUUGAUCAGACUGAGCAGAGGGUAGACCUUGCUGGUCGGGUUAUGCUUGCUGAUGUUAUUGCAGCUACAGAGAGCCCUGAUUGUCUUGGCAGAUUUUUGCAAUCAAGGGGCCUUCCCGUGUUGGAUAGUUGGCUUCAAGAGGCUCACAAAGGGAAGUCUGGUGACGGUAGUUCUAAAGAAGCAGAUAAGCCUAUUGAUGACCUUCUCUUGGCGCUACUUCGUGCACUAGCUAAAUUGCCUAUUAAUCUCAGUGCACUGCAAAGUUGUAGCAUUGGAAAAUCUGUCAAUCAUCUCCGCAGCCACAAAAAUUUGGAGAUACAGAAGAAAGCUAAGUGUCUUGUUGAGAACUGGAAGAAACGUGUUGAUGCUGAAAUGAAGUCGAAUGAUUUGAAACCUUUAACUGACCAAUCUGCUUCCUGGCCUGGAAAAGCAGGUUUCCAAGAAAUUUCAAAUACUGGAAGCAAACGAGGUGGAUCAAGUGAGCACAGCCCAAAGAAUCCAGCAUCCACUGUAUCAUCACCAAAGAUUUUGACUCAUAAUCCUGGGGGCACAGAUGCUGUUGCAAAGUUGAAUCACGUUGCUUAUGUCUCUUCAAAAGUACAACAUAUGCAACCAGGAAAUGUUGCCGCCAACUUGAAGGACCAGCCCUGCAAAUCAACCGGUGGUUCUGAGCUGCCUACUGUGAAAGAGGAAAAAAGUAGCAACUCAAGCCAGUCGCCGAACAAUAGCCAAUCAUGCUCUAGUGAGCCAUCAAAGGAUGCAAGAAGCUCAACUGCUGCUUCUGGUGGUGCUAGUAAAACUUCUGGAAGUUCUUCACGGGGCCAUCGAAAGGCAACCAAUGGACUUGUUUCAGGGAACCUGAAGGAAGCUUCUGUGGGAAGAUGCGUGUCCCUUGAUCGAUCUUUGCUUCCAGAUAAAUCAUCUCCAACUGGAUCAGCUUCUGAAAAAGGAGUUGACAUGCCAUCUGAGCAUGGAAAUAAUCAUAGAUUGAUUGUUCGGUUUCCAAAUCCUGGCCGUAGUCCCGCUAGAAGUGCAAGUGGAGGAUCUUUCGAGGACCCAUCUGUUACUGGUGGUAGAGCUUCGUCUCCUGUGGUUGCAGAUAGACAUGAACAGCCUGAUCGCAGAGUGAAAAUGAAAACUGAAAAUUCUCGGCCUCAUUUAACUUCUGAUGUUAAUGCAGAGUCUUGGCACAGCAAUGAUAUUAAAGGAACUGCUGGUUUGGAGGAAGGUGACAAAUCACCAUGUGCUAUAUUAGAUGACGACAACAGCAGGACACCUGAUGAUUCUGUUAAGGAUGCACAUGCAUCACGAGUUGUUUGCUCAGCCUCAUCAUAUAUGAAUGAAAAAGGUGUCUGUUCAAGUGAAACCAAGGUGGGAAACUCAUUCAGUCCAAUGAAUGCUCUGAUUGAAAUCAAGUACUCUGAAGCUAGUCAUUCCUUGCAUGCUGGAGACGACACAGCAAUGGAUCUUCUUGCUAGUGUGGCAGGAGAAAUAUCUAAAUCUGAAUUGGUUUCCCCAUCUUCUUCACCCAGAAAUUUAUCUGCAAAGAAAUUGAGCUGUGAGGGUGACAGUGCUGGGAAGGUUAAAGUAGAAAGUGAUGUGGGCCCAUCACAGGAUCCAGGGCCAGCAGAUGCUAAGAAAGUUGUCGGUGGGAAGGAAGUGAAAAGUGAUUCUUGUUUGGCGGCAAAGGAGGAACAAGCCCAAUCUGUGCCAUCUCCUGAGCUAGGAGAUUCAAAAGCAGUUGGAUCUUCAGUCAAAAUUGAAAUCCAUGAAGGGCAUGCAAACAAAUGCAACUCUCAACCUGAUUCAGUUGAUUCCAAAGGUGAACAUGAUCAGAACUUUAAUUUGUGCAACUCAGCUAAUGCUAAAAUUGUCAAUGUGCCUAAUACGGAUUCAUCUGCAGGUGAAAAUUGGGAUGCGUGUAGACAUGGGAAAGUUGAAGAUGGCUGUACAGACAAGGAUGGCGCUGUGGAUUCUACAUCGGGCAGUCAGUGUAGACUGGUUGUUUCCAGUAGAAGUUCAAGAUUGGUUCUUGCUGGGGAAUCUUCAUUGUCUGCUGCCGAUAAACAAGCCCAGGGUUUGUUAAAGUCAUCAACUAAUCAUAAGCAGCUUCUGGGUGCAUCUGGCCACUCAGGAGCCUUUGAUAGCCGUGACAGUAUGGCUGACAAAUUAGAUUUGAUGGCUGCAGAGGUGAAAAAAGCUGAUGCUGUGGGCGAUAGUAGCAUACUGCGGAAUGAGGAGGAAAAGAAGGAAAAUGCUUCUUUCCCUUUGGCUGAUGUUUCAAAACUAGUUGUAGCUGCAGCGUCCCCAGCAAAUGGGAUUAAGGAGAUGAAAGAAUCAAAAAACACUUCAAGUGAAUCCAACAGUCAUGUAAAAUCUGAAGGUGUCAAUUCUCAGCAAAGUGAGCAUAGUGCAAAGCAGAGUUCAAAAAAAUCCAGUGAUGGUGUGAGUGGAAAGGAGGACGGGAAAGAUGACCUUGUCUCAUCAGAUGAAGGUUCUUCUCUGGCUGCCCACACCAAGUCAAAUGCUACAGCAAAGCUUGACUUCGACUUGAAUGAAGGAAUACCUGGGGAUGAUGGGCUUCAGGCUGAGCCAACUAUCUCACCUGUUAUAUGUUCCUCAACGGUCCAUUUAACUGGGCUUUCGCCAUUUACUUCGCCUAUUACAUGUGGGCUGCAGUCAGCUCAAAUAACAGUAGCUGCUCCAGCUAAAGGACCAUUUGUUCCUCCUGAAAACCUACUAAGAGCAAAGCCUGAGAUCGGAUGGAAAGGUUCAGCAGCUACGAGUGCAUUCCGCCCAGCCGAACCGAGGAAGAUUUUGGAGAUGCCUGCCACCACACGUGACAUUCCAGUAUCUCAUACUGCUGGGAAGCAGUCUCGCCCCAAGCUUGGUUUUGAUUUGAAUGUUGCAGGUGACCAAGCUCUCCAGGAAGAUAUCCCAGAGAGUUCUGCACAGACUACCUGCUCUGAAUCUGGAAAUACGAAAAGUCGAGAUGGCUCGUCACGAAGCGCUGGCAUUGAGCUUGAUCUGAACAGAACUGAUGAAGUUGCUGAUAAUGGCCAAUUUGUGUCAAAUGCUUCACAUACAGUUGAACUCCCAUUGUCAUCAACAAGGUCGUUACCUGGAAUUGUCUCUAAUGCUGGUAUGAAUAUCUCGAGGGACUUUGAUCUUAAUAGUGGACCAGGCCUUGAUGAUGCUGUCACUGAACCUGUGCCAAAGAACCUACCUGCUAAGAAUACAAGCAGUAUUCAAUUCCUACAAGUUCCUGGUUUAAGGAUGGAUAAUGUUGCCAUGAGUAAUAUAUCACCAUGGCUUGCCUCUGCUAACCCUUGUGGUCCAGUAGCUAUACAAUCAUUUUUGCCUUCUAGAGGAGAACAGCUGUACCAAAUUGAGGCUGCAUCCGGAGCCCAGAGGAUUAUUGCGUCUACCACUGACAGUGGCCAAUUUGGAGGUGAUCCCUGCAGGGCUCCAGUUAUUUCAACGUCUCCAACAAUGGUUUUUCAUCCGCCUGCAUAUCAAUAUGCAGGAUUCCCUUCUUUUCCUCCGAGUGUCCACCUUCAAGCACCUGCAUUUUCAGUUGGAUCAGCAACAUUUGCUAAUUCUGCAUCUGCAGUUCCGUAUUUUUCAACUCUCUCCCCCCCUCUUGUUGGGCCAGCAGGAUCAGUACCUGCCCAGCAUUCAAGGCAGUAUGCUAUACAUCUUGCAGAGGGUAGCAACAGCAGUGGACGUGACAGUAGUCGUAAAUGGGAAAGUCAGGGCCUUGAUCUUAACUCAGGCCCUGGAAGUAUAGAUUUAGAAGGAAAGGAUGCACGGGUACCUUUACCAGUCAGACAAAAUUUGAUCGCACACCCACAUGGCUUUGCAGAAGAUCAAGGAGGAAUUUACCAAAUGCCAGUAGCAGGAACAAAGAGAAAGGAACCUGAUGGCAGUUGGGACAAAGAAAGGUCUACAUACAAGCAACUAUCAUGGCAAUGA